UACAUUUUGCCUUAUAUUCCUUAUAACAAUAUGGCUUCCAAAACAAGUGCCUCAGUUACCCUUUUCCUCUCCUUGAAUCUCCUUUUCUUUGCCAUAGUCAGUGGAACUGAUUGUGGCUCUUGUCAUUAUAAUCCUCCUAGCACCGGUAAUGGUGGUGGCAAUACUGGUGGCUCGGGCAACGGAGGAGGUUCCAGUAAUUGCUGCGGAGGUGGCAAUGGACAAGCCAGGUGCCCGAGAGAUGCUCUGAUGUUCGGUGUAUGUGCAAAUUUAGUCGGUGGAUUGGUGGGCGCGGUAAUUGGGAGUCCUCCAACGAUGCCAUGCUGCAGUUUGAUCGCGGGGCUGGCGGAUUUAGAGGCGGCAGUUUGUUUGUGCACAGCCAUAAGAGCCAAUGUGCUUGGAUUAAAUCUGAAUGUGCCACUCUCUCUCAGCCUUGUUCUCAACAACUGCGGAAGGAGUCCUCCUACUGGAUUCACUUGCUAA